ACAUCAGCUGUAGCUGAUAUGUGAUUGAGUGUAAUAAAAUAAUAACAGGAAUACAAGUAAAGCAUUUAACGUUAAAUAAAAAGAAUCGAGUAAAGAUAUUGAUAAGUGAGUAAAUACGUAAAUGCUUUUGAUUAUUCACGCUGCAAUGAUUAUAGAGUAGUAAGCGCUACUUGCACCAGUUAUACUUACCAGUUGCACCUCAGACCUCACACACAUCCUUUAUCUGUGAGUCUAUUGUGCAGUUGUUCUUCGAAUACCUUAGAUAACAAGAGAUUACAGCAAUCAUAAUUACAUUUCAAUGAUAAGUUACAGGCGUGUGUGUGUGUGUGUGUGUACGUAUGAGCUCUAUCGCUCUAUGCAUGUAGCAUAGCGUAUAUAUAGAGCGAAAUAGCGAAUAAAGGCUUUAAUAUAUAGCUAUUGUUGCAGAUUGGAGAACCGCGAUAAGAUGUGCAAAGCAUAUAUAAGAAAAGUGCAUCAUAAAGUGCAUUGCAGUUAAGUUAUAUGUAUGCAGUAGUACACUUUAUACAACUGUAAGACUUGACGAAGGUCCAGUUUAAAGUACAACUGACAGGGCGAGAAAAAGAAAGAGCAAAAGUGUUUGAUAAAUGCUAGGGUAGGGGUGCUAUUAAAUACCAUGACUCAAGAUUCUUUGUCAGCGAAACAUAGCGAGCGUGACAAUACAGCAAUAGAGUAUUAAUAAAAUAACAAGAAAGGGCCCAAAACUGGUAUUUGUGUAGGUGGUGGAUAUUUGGGUAGUACCUAAUAAUGAUGAAAAUGUCAAAUUGAAGCGGUGAUAAGAAGAGAGAGGGAUAUAUAUAUAUAUCAAGUAUGAAGUGUCGAGUGUGGCAGCUGCUCGUUCCACUUGUUAACAGCGUAUUGGAGCGACUGAUAAGACGAUAGUUCGCCUUAAAAAAGCCCCAAGGCCACGUACCUAACGAGCCUAUGAUGAUCGAAUUAAGUAAAGUGGACCCAAUAUGACGAGCCAGCUCUCUGCCGACAUAACCUAGGACGACAAAGUCGACAGCAGCAGAGAAUACACCUAUGUAUAAAUUUAUAUUAUAAUGUGAACACGUUGAUGUCUACGUGCACAGUAAAAAUUAACAAAAAGUGAAUGAGGCCACCACCUAUUGUUGCUGUUGUUGUUCUUGUUGUCAGUGCAUUCAAGUAUCCGUUACAGAGUUAUACCAAUAAGAGCCCAAGCUUGCACACGUUGUCCUCACACAUACUUAACAGGUGACGUAUGUGUGAAGAGAAGAAUAAUACCUCGUCUCCGUUGACAAGUGUAACCCGGAAGCAAGCAACAUUCGGCUCCCAACGUUUAACUUCAAUGCCACCUCCGUAGCCGAGCUCUACAACGAGAUGCUGGAGACCUGCGAGAAGAUCACCCUGGAGAAUUUAGCAGGAUGGCUGGCCUCCACGGCCAUGAUUUUUGGUGGCGUGGUGCCCUUUAUACCCCAAUACAGGGAGAUCAAACGCAAGGAAGACACCGAAGGCUUUUCCCUUUAUGUCUGCCUUGCCCUUCUGAUAGCUAAUACACUUCGCAUUCUUUUUUGGUUUGGCAGGCACUUUGAGAUACCAUUGCUGUUACAGAGUAUACUCAUGAUCAUUGCUAUGUUUUUUAUGAUUAGGCUGUGUGUUAACAUUAGAAACAAGCACCAGAUCACUAAGCAAAAAGCCAGAGUUUUCAAAGAUUGCAACGCUAAAUUUUUUUGGAAAUGGACAGACUUCCAGUCAUACGUAGGCUUCAUGCUACUUUUUACGAUUGUGGGAGCUGUAGUGAUGUACCUUUUAAUUGAUGUUCAAAUAUUUGUGGAGAUUAUUGGACUGCUUGCUUUACUCACAGAAGCGAUGUUGGGGCUUCCUCAAUUUAUUAGAAAUUUCACUAACAAAUCAACAGAGGGCAUGAGUAUUGCUAUGGUUGCAAUGUGGACUUUAGGGGAUACAUUCAAGACUUGUUAUUUUGUACAACGACAUGCACCAUUACAAUUUGGAGUGUGUGGAGGACUCCAAAUUUUGAUUGAUUUGGCAAUACUCUUCCAAGUUUGGUUUUACAGAAAUAACAUUCUAAUCAUGAGACCAACCGCUAGAGUGGAUUAAGUUUCUGUAUAAAUAGCAACAAAUUUGUUUCAUUGUUUAGAGAAUAUGUACAUAUUGCUAAACUUCGGUUAUUUUGUUGAUGUUUACAUUAUUAUUACUCAUUCAGUCUUAGGUUGAAAAGCGUAUUUUUAUACAAGCAUCGAACCAAAUUUUAUGGAGAUUUAUUUAGUUAUAAUUUUAACUUCGAUUUUAUUAUAUCGUUUUUAUUGGAGAGCAGGGCUGACCAGCUUAUUUUCGAUACUUCAUUUUAUCUUCUUAUCUAUAGAAAUAAUUUAGUUUUGGCUUUUUUAAUCCAUUUACAGCAACAAACUCUAGAAUUUUUUAUCAAGCUUUGUUCCACUUAUUUAUUUAAUGCAUUUCCAAUAAUGCUUCCACAAUCUUGGCCAGUCUUACUCUCCUGCAAGAUAGAAAAACUUCCUAGUCUAUGUGAUGAAAUGAAUGCGGUUAAUUAUUUGUAAAACUUUUCAUUCAUUAAGCUAAUGACUUGUACAUAUUAUAAAUUAUGCAUUUACUUAAGAUUGAAGUUUGUAAAAAAAAAAAAUUAUACUGUAAAGAAAAUUAAGACAAACAGAUAAAGAAAGUGACUA